CCCUGACUCUCCCCGUAGACAAUUUGGGGGUGCCGACACACAUUGGGAGCUCCAACAGUUUAAACGGGGCACAUUCUUCGGUGCCGAAAUCAGAAUCUCGUCCAUGUGGUCAUCGCUGUCCAAGCUACCGCUCUCCGGCUUCUUUUCUCAUUUCUGAUCGAUCGAGAUGGCAAAUUCGUCCUCGUGGAAUCGCAGGUGUAGAUUCUUGAGAAAAUACGGGAAAUUUCCUCACUCCCCUUUCAAAACAAAAUGGCACGAAAAUCUCAAACACAGAGACGCCAUGGAAGAACUUAGACGAGUUCUGGUCGUGUAUUCGGGGAACCCAGUUCGUCAACAGGAGUGUUCGAGCGAGAACAGUGUUUUGUCGCGCCUCAUAAGCUCAUUCCGCCUCCAUAACUGCGACCCCACGCCUCAAGCUUACAGCUUCGUGAUAAAAACCCUAGCUAAAACCUCUCAGCCAGAAAGCAUCGCCUCUGUACUCGAUCAUCUCGAAAAGUCCGAGAAUUUCGAGUCACCCGAAUCCAUUUUCGUCGAUGUCAUCAGGGUUUACGGAAUUUCCGGUCGAGCCGAAGAGGCCAUUGAUGUUUUCUCCAGAAUGCCCAAUUUCAGGUGUGUACCUUCUGCUGUCUCUCUCAAUGCCUUGCUCUCUGUUCUUGUUAGAAAAAGGCAUAGUCUGAAAAGAGUUCAUGAGGUCUUGUCGAAAGCUUCUAGUAUGGGAAUUAGGCUCGAAGAAUCGACCUUUAGAAUAUUGAUCGGUGCCCUUUGUAGAAUUGGCGAGGUAGAUUCUGCUAUGGAGUUGAUAGAAUACAUGACAGAGGACGGUCAUAUUGUUGAUCCGAGGUUGUACUCUCAGCUAUUGAGUUCUCUCUGUAAGCAAAAAGAUGCGUCAAGCUUUGAUGUCAUCACAUUUCUGGAACAUUUGAAAAGAACUGGGUUUUGCCCAGGUUCGAGGGACUAUGCAAAUAUAAUGAAGUUUCUGAUCGAUGGAGGAAGAGGAAGAGAAGGUAUAGGUGUUUUUAACCAGAUGAAACAUGAUCGAGUAGAGCCCGAUAUUGUUUGCUAUACCAUCGUGCUGAAGGGCGUUAUUGCAGAUGGGGAUUACCCGAAGGCAGACGAGUUUUUCGAUGAAUUGCUUGUGCUAGGCUUGGUUCCUGACGUUUACACUUAUAAUGUGUACAUGGACGGUUUAUGUAAGCAAAAUGAUAUCAAGGGGGCUUUAAAGGUCAUGUCUUCAAUGGCGGAACUGGGUUGUAAGCCUAAUGUGGUCACAUAUAAUAUACUGUUAAAAGCAUUGGUAAAGGCCGGGGAUUUGGUCCAAGCAAAGACUCUAUGGGAAGAGAUGGAGAUGAAAGGAGUUGAUCAGAGCAAACAUACGUAUGGUAUUAUGAUCGAUGGGUUAGAUGAAGUUUAUCAAGCGUGUGGUUUGUUGGAGGAAGCGUUUCACAACAAGAGCUUGAGCAUUCAGAGUUCAAGAACGGACGAGGUGAUUUGCAGUUGUCAGAAAGGUUUUGUGAAUAAAGCUGUGGAAUUUCUAGCUAGUAUGGCUGAUAAGGGUGUUUCGCCCGGGUUAAAGGUCUGGGAAGCCAUGAUCAAACCCUGAUGUGGGCAAAGAUUUGGAUGGUUAGAACAGAACUGAACUUUGCUUGCCAGUUUCCAAUGUGGGCUCCAUUUCUCAGCCUAUUGGUCUACAUUUAUUCUCGGUGGUUGUUUGUGUUCCUGAAAAAAAAAUUAUCACUGUUGAUGUGAUUUAUCCAUUGAUA